AUGCCGCCCUCGGACGACAUCUUGGAGGAUUUGCUGUUCGGUGUAAAACAGGAGAAGCCGAAGCGCGGCACUGCCCCGAAGCCUAAAAGUGGUAAGGCUCCUGAGGAGCCUGUCAAAACGGAAGGGCCUGGUCCUAUUCGGUUGCUGCCAGCAUCGCUUCAGAUGGAUUUCACCAUUGAGGAGCAGUCCAGUGAUGAUGAAACUCAAGAUGUCGAAAUACUAUCGGGCCAUCGUGCAAAAGCCAAAACCUUAAAAGUCGCGAAGAAGCUGGUGAAUCGGGAAAGAGUUCGGGCCGACCAGAUCGUUGAGGUGAAACGUCUGAAUGGCAUCUUCACAUACGGCGAGUCAAUCCCGGACCCUCUAAUUAAUUGGAACACCCCGCCAUUCCCUGCCAAACUGAUAGAAAAUCUGAAGGAAUUUCGAAUCACGGAGCCGUCCCCAAUUCAAAUGCAAUCGAUACCAAUAAUGCUUGAGAAGCGCGAUUUGUUAGCCUCGGCGCCGACUGGUUCGGGAAAGACGCUGGCUUUUGCGGCUCCUGUUAUCACCGAAAUCGUAAGGUUGAAAAAGCUGGAGAAAUAUGCGGCUGGUGGGAAGCAGCUUGCGAUCGUGCUGGAGCCAACGCGAGAGCUAGCGGUUCAAACCUAUCGACAGUUCAUCAAAUUUUCACAAGGUCUUCCACUAACGACUGCGCUUCUAGACGAUAUUGAGGAGCUGAAAAAAGCCGACGUCAUCGUUGGAACCCCUAAGCGUCUUCUGGAGGUGAUUCCGGAAAUCAGCCUGAAGUGGCUGCGAUGGCUUAUUGUCGAUGAGAGCGAUCGCUUGUUCGACAAUGUGGCCACGAAACGGAAUGGCGCCAAAGAUACUUUCAGAGCACAGCUUUCGGCCAUUUACGCCGCAUGCAACGGCAAAUGGAUCAAACGCGCGUUCUUCUCUGCCACGUACAACCAAGAGGUGGAAAAAUGGUGCAAAGAGCAAAUCCCGGAUUUGGCUAUGGUGUGCAUCGGUGAAAGAAACGUUGCCAACUCGAAUGUGGUUCAGGAGUUGAUAUUCACUGGAGAUGAGCAGGGCAAGCUUUUUGCGCUGCGCAAUCUGCUGGUGCAAGCGUACGAGCCGCCCGUCAUGUUAUUCGUUCAAAGCAAGGAGCGUGUCCGGCAACUGGAAACCUGGUUUUCAAAUCUAUCGUUCACAGUGGCGUACGCCGUGUUGUCGAGUGAUUGCUCGCAGGCGGAGCGUGACGCUGCGCUGAUGGGCGUUCGAACUAGAAAAACCUGGGUAUUAGUGUGUACGGAGUUGGCCGGGCGCGGACUUGAUCUGCCUACCGUCAACCUAGUGAUAAAUUUCGAUCUGCCGACUACCGUUGUCUCGUACAUCCAUAGAAUCGGCCGGACUGGUCGAGCCGGGCGGAAGGGACGCGCAAUUACGUAUUUCACUCGUAAUGACUUUAAGUACCUGCGCCCGAUCGCUACUGUCAUCCACCAAUCGGGCUUCGAAGUCCCAGAAUACACUUUGAAGCUGAAGCCCAUCGCCAGAAAAGAGAAGAAGCAAAUCUACCGCCAUGCCAUCAAACGGAAAAGUGUUGCCAAGCCGAAACGGAAACGCACACACGGAAAAGGCGACAAGGGUACGCCAGCAAAGAAGGCAAGAAAAGAA